CACCGCGGGUCGCCUGAAGACUUGGGUUGGUCAGGACUCGAAGCGGGCGUGGCUGCUCGACCUCUCCGUGUGACGCUGGGCUCUUGCCUUAACCCACGUUUCCCUGGGGCGCUGAUUUUGGUUUCCUCGUGCGGUGUGCCCGGCGCCGCCGCCGCGAGGUAUAAAGAACAGUGCUUAUCAUACAACUGGAAAGAAAGGCAAAGAAAAAGCUUUUAUAUUAGAUUGGGCACCUGAACAGAAACUGCAGUUUUGAUAUGAAGAUGGGAAGAGGAAGAACAAGCCGGAUCAGAAGACGGAAACUCUUCAGAAGUUCUGUAUCAAGAGGAGUGAAUGAGAGCUACAAGCCUGAAUUUAUAGAGCUUAAGAAGUGGCUGAAAGAUAGAAAGUUUGAAGAUACAAACUUAAUACCUGCUUGUUUUCCAGGUACAGGAAGAGGGCUGAUGAGCAAAACAUCCUUGCAGGAGGGACAGGUGAUUAUUUCGUUGCCUGAGAGUUGCCUGCUCACCACGGACACAGUGAUUAGAAGCUACUUAGGGGCGUACAUCACUAAAUGGCGGCCUCCUCCAUCUCCUCUGCUGGCUCUGUGUACCUUUCUGGUUUCAGAAAAGCAUGCUGGGGACCAGUCCGUCUGGAAACCUUACCUAGAGAUUUUACCAAAGGCCUACACCUGCCCCGUUUGCUUGGAGCCAGAAGUGGUGAAUCUUUUUCCCAAACCCUUGAGAGCAAAGGCUGAAGAGCAGAGAGCCCGUGUGCGAGAGUUCUUUUCUUCCUCCAGAGGCUUUUUCUCUUCCCUGCAGCCUCUGUUUUCCGAGGCCGUCGGGAGCAUCUUUAGCUACCGUGCCCUCCUGUGGGCCUGGUGUACGGUCAACACCAGGGCCGUGUAUAUGAAGCCCAGGCGGAGGCGCUGCUUUUCUGCGGAGCCAGACACCUGUGCGCUCGCCCCGUACCUGGAUCUGCUGAACCACAGCCCCCGUGUGCAGGUAGAAGCAGCAUUUAAUGAGGAAACUCGCUGUUAUGAAAUUAGAACAGCGUCAAGCUGUAGGAAACAUGAAGAGGUGUUCAUCUGCUAUGGCCCUCAUGAUAAUCAGCGACUGCUCCUGGAGUAUGGAUUCGUUUCCAUCCGUAAUCCUCACGCUUGUGUUUAUGUCUCAGAAGAUAUACUUGUUAAAUAUCUUCCAUCAACAGAUAAACAGAUGAACAAGAAGAUUUCCAUUUUAAAGGAUCGUGACUUUAUUGAAAAUUUGACAUUUGGAUGGGAUGGACCAUCUUGGAGGUUACUCACAGCGCUUAAGUUGUUAUGUCUGGAAGCUGAAGAAUUUACAUGCUGGAAAAAAAUACUUCUUGGAGAAAUCAUUUCAGAUACAAAUGAGAAGAGAAGUUUGGACAUAGCCCAGAAAAUAUGCCAUUAUUUCAUAGAGGAGACCAAUGCAGUGCUUCAAAAGGUUUCUCAUAUGAAAGAUGAAGAAGUGGCUUCGGUAAACCAACUAACUUUGGUAGAAACAUUGUGGACAGAAGAGCUAAAGAUUCUGCAGGCCUCUGCUCUGAUUCUAAACAGUUUGCAAACACCUUUUAGGUAACUUCACCUGAUGCGUUUGAUCACCUCCUGUGGUGGGUGUGACUUCUUAACCAGUUUUAAAGGUUUAUUUUGUAUAGAAUCAUUUACAGUCACCGAGUGGUUUCUAUUAAACCAUUGUAUACUUCUCU